UUUUUUUUUUCUGUUUUCUGAAUAUUGGUAAUUUUUUUUUUUUUUUUGCUGACCAUACAAAAUUAAAAUAAUUUAAGGCAUGAUUUAUGGAUCUCGCAGAACUAAAAUAACUUUUUUGAUUUGCUUUUUUCCACUGGCAAUGUCGAGUAGCUCCGUACAGAAUUCAUCAUCACAAUCAUCACCACCAUUACCAUGCUUCAUGCAACAUCUACUACAAUCAUGGCAUAUUACUACUACAAAAAAUUAUAAAGGUCUUGAUAAAUCAAUUAUUAAAUCAUUUCCAAUAUUCAUUUAUUCAAGUGUACAAGAUUAUGGUGAGGGUAAAUUUGGAAUUGAAUGUGCUAUUUGUUUAGUAGAAUUUGUUGACAAAAGCUUGAUUCGUUUGUUGACAUGUGACCAUGUUUUUCAUCAAGAAUGUAUUGACCAUUGGCUUAAAUCCAACAAGACAUGCCCCGUAUGCCGCGCAAGCCUCGAUCAGACAGUCCAGUGCACUAAGCAUCAUCAUCCAUCGUGCACGGGGUCAGCAGAUGAUCCAAUGCAUGGCACGAUCAACGAGGAUGAGUCAUCAGAAAGUACGCGCAACACAGAAACCAACAAUGACAACAACAACACCAAUAAUGAUGAAAAAGGAUCCAAUAGUGGAGCGGCAACGAUGACCAUGAAGAGAAUUGAGCGUGCUGAAUUACGAGAGAAUGUUGAAAAGUUUACGAGAUCGCGAUCCACGGGACACUCCAUAAUAAUUAUUAGGGAAAAUGAAGAUAGAUUUACUUUGAGAUUGCCUCAACAUGUGAAGGCAAAAUUUAUGAAGGGGAAUAACAAUAACACAAUGAUCAAAAGUUGCAUCAAUUUGGGAGAAAUCAAAAGCAAAACUACAAGUGGAAAGUUUAGGUUUGGUGAACUUUUAAAAUUAUCUAGUUUUUUUGACAAAUUAUGAAAUAUUAUUUUUUCCUUUUUAAAAUUAGAUUGCCAUUUUUUGCAAUUCUCUUCUAAAUAAUGAUAUCAUAGAUAUUAGACAAAUCUAGAAAAGAAUUUUUACUCUUGAUUUGUAUAUAUCACAAUAAAUUUAGUAAACAUUAGUAAAUAUUUGAUUAUGAAUUCAAUUGUUAUUAUAUCUUAA